GCUCAGUCGUUUUUCCGAAUAUCACAAAUUCACACUUAGACACAGAUUGAAAAUAUAUAAAUAUAUAUUUAUAUGCAUAAAUAUAAAUAUAUUUGUGAAAUUUAUUGGCUGGCCAAGCGGUUGCUUGGCAUUUGUUAAAGCGCCGACAAUCCCAGCUGGUAACUCUGGGCAACCAACGACAAUAGCAACAACAACAACAACAGCAGCAAUAAUAACAAACAAUAACAAAAUUAACUGCUCGGCCCGGCACAAAUUAUAAUCAAAAUUCAAAGAGCUUGCAGCACAUUCUCGCUGGAUAAGGGCAAAUCUCUGGGAACUCUACAAAAUGAGUAAGAAAGGCAAAAAGGGCAAGAAGUUGCCAGUGCUCAUCGAUGGCGUGGACACGUCCGCCAUGACGCGCGAUCAGCUGGAGGCGUUCUCGCUGCGCCUCAAGGCCGAGAUGGAUCGGGAGCGGGAGGAGCGCAACUACUUCCAGUUGGAGCGCGACAAGAUACGCACCUUCUGGGAGAUCACGCGCCAGCAGCUGGAGGAGGCCAAGUUCGAGCUGCAGCAGAAGGACAAGGAGAUCGAGGCCACGCAGGAUCUGGCGGACAUCGAUACCAAGCACAUCAUGCAGCAGAUGAAGCAUCUGCAGUUCGAGAACCACAGCAAGCUGGGCGAGGUGCGCGCCGAGGCGAUGACCCAGCUGAAGGUGGCCCAGGAGCACCAUCUGCUCCAGGAGCUGGAGCUGCAGACGGACAAGCGCCAGCUGCGCCGCAUUGUGCGCGAACGCAUCGAGAUGAGCGACAUGCAGCAUCGCCAGCUGGAGGCGCACUACAACCAGCAGCUGCUAGAGCAGCGUCUGCAGUUUGAGAGCGAGCGCAAGGACAACGAUCGCCUGCAUGACGAGAAGAUGAGGGAGCAGCGCAACAAGCUCGAGCUGUUCUUCAACGCGCAGAUGUUCGAGGUGGAGGAGCGCAAGAAUCAGCAGAUCAAGGACCUGCAGGACCAUCACGAUCUGGCAUUCAACGACAUGAAGAACUAUUAUAACGACAUCACACUGAACAACCUGGCGCUCAUUGGCAGCAUGAAGGAGCAAAUCGAGCAGCUGCGCCGCCAGGCCGAUCGCAGCGAUCGCAUCGCCGCCGAGGCAACCACUGAGAGUCGCCGGCUCAAGGAGCCGCUGGAGCACGCCAAGACCCAUCUGAAGGAGCUGCAGCGCAAGCUGGAGUUCUAUGAGCGCGACAAGCUGCAGCUGGCCCGCCUCAAGAAGAGCAACACCAUACUGGAGAAGAAGGUGAAGAGUCUGAUGUGGGAGUCGGAGACGCUGCUGCUGCGCAACGAUGCUCUGGUCAGCGAGCGGGCCAAUCUGAAGGCGCGCUUCAACGAGGUCAUCGUCGAGCUACAACAGAAGACGGGCCUGAAGAACGUGCUGCUCGAGCGCAAGAUUGCGGCUCUGCUGCGCGAGGACGAGAAACGCAGCAUCAUCAUGCGCAGGACGAUUGCCGCGUGUGCCCCCGACUUCCCCGGUAAGCUGGAGGCCGUGGAGAAGACCGUCAGCGAUGUGGUCGACACCAAGAACCAGACCAUCAUCGAUCUGCGUUACGAGCUGUCCAAGGCCUGGAAGGCCCACGACGAUCUGCUGGAGACAUACGAGUGCAAGCUCAAGCAAUAUGGCAUCCCGACCGACGAGCUGGGCUUCGAGCCAAUACGCGAGCGGGCCAACAAGCAGCUCUACAUCUGCGGGCCCGCCGGCAUUGUCACCGAGAACAAGCACCAGCACCAGGAAAACAUCAUACGUCUGUUCAGUAUCCUGCAGCGCAUCGUCGAUUACGUCUAUCAGAGUCUGUUUGAUUUUCACCACCUUCUGGCUCUCGCAAGUGGCCUUGGCUUCAUCAACCGACAUGGCUGGCGUCCAUGGCAGCGCUUUCAGCUUUCCAGUCUUGUCAUACCAAAUACGCACGGUUACUUUAGGGUCGCAUUUGAAUGCAGCACUAAUUCAGUGUUUUGCCGGCGCGCAUGUUCUCUAGUUUUACAACGUUUUGUUUUCGUUAAGCAAUUCUGUGUUUCCAGCGCCUUGGCCAUUGCCAUGUUGCGUACACACCUCUUCCAAAAUGUGCGCCUGCGGUUUCAAUUACGACGCGUUGCAGUUGGAGCUGCCAUUGCGCCGUCAACGGCACGUGGAUGUCUGCAUUAUGCAAUGCCAAUGAUCAGCAGGACAACAAUGCCGGCACUGCUGCCACUUGCAAAUAGCUAUACGACGGCAGCAACCACACCAGUUGCACGACCCGCAUCCUCGAACAAGAAGCGUGUAGCGAAGGCCAAUGACCGCGGGAACAUCAUCGCCAGCCUCGAUGAUCUGUGGACGCAGCUUGAGCAACAUUAUCAGCAGCACAAUGUGCUCCGCCAAGAGCACUGCGAACGACUGCUGGCACUGCUGGAGGGCCCACCCAUGCCAGUGCAAAACACACUAACUGCCGAACAGCUGCACUUUCUGUUGGGCGCCUGUGUGCCGGAGCUGUUGCCAGUGCUGAGCAGCCGAGAGCGUGGGGAUCUGUUUCGGCGCCUGUGGGCGCAGCUGUUGAAAGUGGAACAACCGUCCAUGGCGCACUAUCACACCCAGCUGCAGAUGCUGCACGAGAACCAGCUGCCGUUGGCCGAUCAUCGUGCUCUACUGGCCGAGAUUGCCGCCUACAAUGGCGCCGCGGAUGCAAGCCUCUACAGCGCCCUGCUGGAUGUGGCCGGCGCCAGCGGGAACUUGCGACAGGCUACCGAGCUGCUGAGUGACAUGCGUGAGCGCAACUUUCCCCUCUCUAAGCGUAACUUUCACGCCCUCCUCAUGGGCCAUGCGCGCAGCGGAGAUCUACCAGGCGUCGAGACGGUCCUCAGCAGCAUGCGCGCGGCGGGCAUAACGCCCAGUGCCAGCACCCAGGCCCUGUGCUUCGUCGCCUACGUGGAGAACGACGAGCUGCCCAGGGCGCGCGACCUGCUCCGGCAGCACGCGGGCGGCUUCAAUGCGCCGCAGCUUAUGCAAAUGCUGCGCGCUGUGUUGGCCGAGCAGCAGGUGGAUGUGCAGCUAAUGCAGCAGCUGGUGGCACAGCUGCCCGCCGAUUAUGUGAACGACAUCGACGUGCCGCCGGCCAUCAACAGUCUCUGCAUCCAGAUGCUGUACAGAGAUCAGGCGGCGCUGAUGAUCCAACUGGUGGGGAUGCUGCCGGCACCCAAGUUUAACGAGAAGCAAAACAUCGAUGGAUAUGCAGCGUACCUGCUUCAGGAGCUCUUCCGCGCCCACACACCCCUCGAGCAGAUGCUGCAGUUUGCCCUCCAGCUGCGCCAGCGCGGCCAGAAUCCGCGCGCCUUGGAGGUGCUCACUGAGUUGGCGCUGCGUCGUCAACCUUCGAUUGCCCUGAGCUGCCUAGAAGCACUGAAUGCCGCGGGUGAGCCACUGCGUCCGCACUACUUCUGGCCCCUGCUGCUGCAGCAACACAAGCGCGAGGGCGAGAGCGGCGUGCUCCGGGUGCUGGGCGAUAUGCAGCGCCUGGGCGUGGAGUGCGACGAGCCGACGCUGCGACAAUAUGUCCUAGCCAAUCUCAACCAGACGCUGCAGCAGCCGGUGCAGGCGCUGCAGCAGCUAGACGCUGUGGGCGUGCGCCCCUCCCAGGCGUUGGUGCACGUGCUCAGCCAACUGCUGCAGCAUCUGGAGCUACAGCCAGCGCUCGAUCUGCUGCAACGCUACCCGACACGCCUCCAGCUGACGACGCUGCUUCAGCCGUUGGCUACGCUGGCUGUACACAUGCGUGCGACCAAGCGCUUCGAGGCCUUCGCCCAGCUGAUCCAGACAUUGCAGCAGCGAUCGCUGCAGCGCCAGGAUGACUUCGUUGGUGCACUGCUGCUGCAGAUGUGCGGGCCACAGACGCGCCUACGCCAGGAGCCGGCAUCGCUGUUGCGCUUCCUGCACGAGAUGCAGCGCCUGCAGCUGCACAUUUCCCCGGCGGCUGCCGAGUCGCUGUUGAGCCUGGGCAGCAACAGCGAUGUGGACACACGCCAGUCGCUGGCCAAGACGCUGCAGAAGAUGCGCAACGCGGAGCUGAAGCUACCAGCGGAUACCGUCUUGGCCGUUGGCGGCUUCAUCAAGCAUCCGCGCGACAUGUCGCGAGAAGAGCUCGAGUGCCAUCUCAUCGAACUGGAGGCCAAGCAGCUGAAUACGCGCGGCGUGCUGCGGCGCCUGCUGCAGCUGAGCGUGCGCGACGGCCACUUGGAGCGGGCGCUCGAACUGCAGGCCAAGUGCGAUGCCCUACGGGUGCAGACCAGCGCUGGGAUGCUGGCCGCCAUCUUUGAUCUGCACAUCAAGCUGAAGAACCUGCCACGUGCUCAGCAGAGCCUGCAGCGCCUACAGACCACAUAUCCAGGUUUCCUUCUGGAUGAGCAUAAGCUGAUUGAUUACGCCGCUCUGCUCGUGGAGAAGGGUCAGCUGGAAGAGGCCAAGGAGCUGCUGCAGCAGCGCGCCGCCCAGCACAAGGUCAACGGCGGCGACUAUGUCAUCAAGAAUGUCUGGCAGCUGCUCACGAAUGUUGCCAAAAUGGCUGCAAAGGACUCUGCAUCCGGGUCCGCAUCCACGAGCCCCACACUGGAGAUGUUCAACUUUCUGCGCAAGCUGGGCUACUGCCAGACGCACAAUGCUCUGCUGGGUCCUGUGCUGCGGGAGUGGCUCUAUCGCGGUGAUAUGGAUGGCGCCGUGGCAGAGUUUCAGCGCCUGGCCACGCGGCACAACCACACGCCGCUUCAGUUCGAGCUGCUGUCGCUGCUGGUGAAACUCAGCAACGGCGACGAGACGGAGCUGGCACGUUUUCCGGGCAUGACCAAGGAGUCAGCACAGCAGCAUCUGGUCACGGUCACGUCGACGGUCAGCCGAGUGCACGGCGCAGCCAAUAUGAACAGCGCCCUGCUGCUGGCUCUGGCCGAGUCGGGCACUGAGACGCAGCUGCGUCGGCUUGUCAUCAAUCCAGAGUUUCGGCUCAAUCACGACCUGCUGCUGAAGAACUGCGAGCACCUGGGCCAAGAGGGCGCCGUGCGCACUCUCCUGCGUCUGGCUCGUGGUGUCCGAGGCCUGCAACGCACCAUUGACGAGCAGCGCAUCUACGACAUGCUGCUCUCCCAGUUCACGAAGACCAAUAACUACGAGGGCGCCCUCGAUCUCUACGAGCGCCUGGAGGCCGACGACGAGCUGAAGGUCUCACAGGAGUUCAUUCGUAAUCUGGUCAAGCUGCUGCAGCUGAAUAAUAUAGAGAUUCCCAGCAGCAUUGCUAUGCGUGCUCAGAUUAGAUAGGAUCACAUUUUUAUAUAGAUACGCCUACAAUCUUAAUGCUGUUAUUGUUAAUAUAUUUUUUUCUAAUAGCAUAA